AUGAAAGCAACCUAAUUCCUCUAUUAAAACAUUUUUAAAGAGCAAUAAGACUCAAAAGCAAAAGCUUUAAAAAAAAAGGUUUAAAUAUUUUCAUCAGUAAUAGUCAAAAAGAAAAUUAAAGCUAAGCACUUCAUUACAUAAAUCUGUUGAUAACUAAAGUGAGUAAAAAAUCUAUUCUUUAGUUAAUUUAACUGUGUAAUUUUGAUUAAUAUUAUUUUUAGAAAGGAUGGUUAAAACGAAAAGGUUUCAAUUCCCGCCUAAUUGAUUUCCCGAUCCUCAAAAGUCAAACAUUAAAAUAUUCUUAAUAAAACUAUGGAAAUAGCUAGAACUUUAAAGAAACUUAAACCUUUAUCGACUUUAGAUGCUUCUUCUGAAUUGAUAUAAGUAUAAUAAGGGAAGAGUAUUGAUUAAUAAUUUAAGGGUCCUAAAAAAUAAGUUUAUCUAAAAUAAAUAAAUAUAUUGACAGAUGGACAAUACAAAAAAACUUAAACUUAUCUAUUGUUUGGAUCAAUAGAAUAAAAAAUAAAUCAAAAUACUGUAUUGUGUAUAUUAAGAAUUCAAAAUUUAAAAUUUUUUAAUGAUUAUAAUUCAAAAAAUCAUAACAAUCCAGCAUUAUUCAGUUGGGAAGUAUUAUAUCGAAAGUAAAGUUUAAUGAAGAGUCUUCCAAAAGAAUAUUAAAAAGCAUAAACAGAAAUACUUGAUUUUGUUUAUACAAGAAAUGGACAUGAAAUUGUUGAAGUAAUAUUGUGGAAAGUGAAAAAUAAUGAUGAAGUAUAUAUUUAUUAAUAUUUUUUAUAGAAAUAUGUUGGAUAAUUUGAUAUAAUAAAUGAUGAUUAUGUUGAAGCAAAGAAAGUACUUAAUUAUUAAAAAAAAGUGAUUACUGAAAAUUUGAUUGAAAAAGAAAUGUUUAAAUCUAUGAAAUAAACUAAAUCCUAUAUUGGGAAUGUAUAAUUUCAAAUAAUUUAAUUUGGAAAUGAAAAUAUCAUAUAAAGUAUAAAUUAAUUUUUAUUUAGUUAAAAAUUCUGGAAAUCCUGGAUCUCCUAAAAAUGAAAAAGAAAAAACAGAUCAUCGUAUUAUUGAUUAGGUAAUGUAAGGACAAUAAUAUAAAUGGAAUAAUGAUGAAAAUGAAUAAAUAGUGAGUCAGAAUAUAGAAUAGAUUACUUCAAAAAUAGUACCUGAAUGCACUGUUGAAGUUCUUACAAUUGAAUGUGGACAAUUAGUAUUGAUUUACGAAUAAAAAUAUAAUAAUCCUGAUCUUUAUGGUAGAUCUAGACCCAAUUCAAGAUUAAUUAAAAAAUAAAAUUUUGAUGCAAAUAUGGCAUUAUUAUAUGAAUUAAAUAGAUAAGGAUAAUUUAAUAAAAUUUAAACUCAUCUUAGAUCUCUAAGUAGAUAAGGAAGAUUAUCUAGAAAAGUUAUUGAAGAAUCUUUAUAUGAAAUGAAAUGUACAGCUAAUUAAUUAUUCUUAACUGAAUGUAUAGAAUUUGGUGAUAACUUAAUGGAUUUUCUUAUAUUAAAUGAUGAUUUAUUAGGAAUUCUUGAAGCAAUACAAGAAAUUAAAUUCUUAGGAGAAGAAGAAUUAAAUUUAGAGGGUUUUUCUAAUAAUCUAUUUUAACUUAUAGGUUAACAUUUGAGAAAAAAUACUAAAUUAAAAUCUAUUAUUUAUUUUAUCAAAGCUUUAGAAAAAAAACCUGAAAUAGGUAUUUUGAUACAAAAUUAUUCCUAUGCAACAGAAAACAUUUUAUCUAAUAAACCUCCAUUUUUAAAUAGUAUUUAUAUAUAACAAUAUUUUAGAUUUCAAUCCAAAGAAUUAUGAGCAUAUAAUGGUUUUAGGAAAAUUGAAUAAGAUGAUUUAAAAAUUUUAAAUUGAUACAAAAUUCACAAGAGCUUUAAAAUAGGCUCAUAUAGAUGCAAAGAUGUCAAUUUAUUUUGAUAUACCUUGUUUUCCAAAAGAUUAAAAUUUAUUUAAGAAAGCUGAAUCCUUAUAACUUAAAUAAAUUGGUUAAAAUAUUAUACAUGAAAUUGUGAGAAGAUAAAAAUGGGAAAAGAGUCAUUAAAUAUUUCAAAAAUAUUCAGAAUGGUUUUUUAUUGCAGAUUUCUAAGGAAUUACACCAUUUUCUAAUAUUUUAGAAAUAGCUCCAUUUUAAGUACUUUAAUCACUUUUUAAUGCCUAUAAAUAAUAAUUAAAUGAUAUUUUUUAAUAAUUCAAUCCAUAUAAAGAUAUGUUUAUUGGAAAUAUACCAAAACAGGAAUCAAAUAAAGAUUAAGAAGAUAAUUAAAAAUAAUAAUCUAUUUUAUAAAAUACAACAAAAGAAUAACCUUUCUAAUGGGCCAAAAUGUAAAAGGAAUAUCGUAAAAACAUUUUACAUAAUGUAAUUUUAAAUCCAAACUUUACAGCAAAUGAGAUUUUAGAAAUAUUAAUAUCUAUUGAAUAAUUUGUUAAUCUAUCAAAUAAAUCAAAUUUUUCAAUAUUGAAAACUUAAAAAAUAAGAGCUGGAGAUUUUACACCAUUGGCUUUAUACUUAGAAAUAUUAGGAUCAAAAUGUAAGAAAAAAUUAGAUAGAGUUUAAAGAGAAUUUGGUACAUCUUUGUUUAUAUGUUAAAAAUUAAUUCCAGAUUAAGAUGAGAUACAAGGUGAAUAAAUAGAAUAAGAAUAAAAGGAAGUAUCUUUUGUUUGGGAUAUUGACAAUUAAUUUAUUAUUUAAUCACUCAUUUCAAAACUACCAGAGAGUUUAUUUUAAUAAAUAGAUUUUUUGUUUCCAUUUAUUUAAUGGAUUCCACCAUUAGAAAAAUUAAAAACUAUUAGAUAUAUUAAUUUACCUUGCAGAUUAUUGAUUAAAAAUAAAUAACAAUAAAAGUUAAUAAUUAUUUUGUAAUAAAUGUAUAAUGAUGUAAAAAAAUAAGAGUAUUAUAAUAAUUCAUUAGAAUCAGAUGAAAUUUUAUUAAUACUAUAUUAUUUUUAAAUUUAGAUUUUAAUGUUGUUGGAAAUAAGAAAUUAAAAAGCUUAAUAUUUGGAAUAUGUAUAAAAUUUAAUAGUACGUUAACUAAAGGAUUUUAUUUAAUCAUAUACAGAAAUUUUGGUAAUAUCUAUGCCUAUAAAUAUUAUAUCUUCAUAUUAUGAACUCAAAUAUUUCUAUAAAGGAAAACCACAAACAUUAUUAGAAUUCUUAAACUUGGUGUAAUUCAAUACAUUAAUUACAGAAAUAGAGGUUAAAAAUUUAGACAGGUUGGACACAAAAUUAUUGGGGAAAGCAUUAUCAAAUUCUAAAAAUAAAGAACCUUUAAAGGAUUUAAUAUAAUUUUUAUUAAUUAAGGAUUAAAAUAAAGACGAAACUGAAAAAUAUAAUUAUGACAGCAAGGAAUUUUCUAUAAUAAUUAAUCCAAAUUUAUUAUUAGAUGAAAAAGAAAAUGGCUAUAGAGAUAAAUUAAAUAAAGAAUAAAUUGAAAAAAUGAUGAGCAUUGCAAAGGCUGAUUAAAUUCUGUAGCUAGUAUGUGAUAACUCAAUAUUUAGUCGAAUUGUUCAUAGUUUGAUUUUAAAUUCAUUUUAAACUAAAAAAUCUAUUGGGAUAACAUAAAUACAAAUACUGCAUUCGUUUAGAAAUUAUGAUUUUAAAAUAAGUAAUAUUUGGAAAAAGCUUUAUAUAGACUAUUUUCGAAAUAAAAUGGAUUUAUAUUGUAUCCAUUGUCUGUUAUAUAUUGAAUAUUCAUUAAAAAAUUAAACCUGUUAUAAUAAUAAUUAACUUUUACCUUAUAUUAAUGCAUAAGGAAGAAGUUGGGCAGCUAUACUUGAUUAUAAAAGAUUUAAACGAGCUCUUAAGGAUAAUAUCUAAUUUAUUGAUAUUGAAGAUGCUAUUAGGGCUGUUGCUAUAAAUGGAUAAUAUGAUAAACUUGAAAUCCUAAUUCCGUAUUUAAAGGAUUCUUAAAUUCUUCGUUAAACUAUAUAAUUAGUCAGCAUUAUUGCUGAAAGACAAAUGAUAUAGGAAUAAUAUGAACGCUACAUUUUCGGAAGAGUAUAUUUAACAUCAUUUGAAGAUAUACUCUUUAGUGAUGAUGAAGAAGAAAAUUAAAAAUAGCCUAAAAGAAUUAUUCAAUCCAAUUUGAAUAAAUAGGAAUUAAAAAAAUUAGUAAGAGAUCGUCUUGAUUUACCUGGUAAACUUGAUAAAUCUGGAUUUAUAAAUCAUUUGAAGAUUUUAGAUUCUCAUUUUCUAUAUCGUUUUGAUCUUAUAUCUACUAUACCAAAAAAUUCUAGUAAAAAAUAAAAAGAAAAAUUAUAAGCUGAGAAAUUUGUAUUUCCAGAAACUCUAGAUUAAAUCAGAAAUCCAAUAUCUAUUUAAAAUUAAUUACUAGAAAUGGACUCUAAUAUAUAAUAAGAAUUAGAAUCAUAUAAAUAAAAAUAAUAUCCAAAGCCUGAAAGAAUUAAUCUAUUAAAAUUUGAGUAAUAAUUUGAAAAAUAUAUCUAUAAUUUUCAAUAUCUGAAAAAUUUAAAAUCUUCAACAUAAAGAUAAUCGAUUAGAACAUUGUUCACUCAAGAUUACUAUGAAUCGGAUAAAUAUUCAUUUAAAAAGGUGUUAAUUUAAUUAACAAAUGAAUAUAAGAAAUAUAAAGUCCCAUUAUGCUAAAAGGAUGACGAUUAUGAAAUAGUUCUUAAAAUGUUGGCCUAUAACAAAAUUAUAACUAUUGAUGAAUUCAUUAAAUAAAUACUUUCAAGUAAAAUAGAUAUUUAAAAAAAAAAUAAUCUACUUUUGAAACUUUUAAUCUAAUUAUUUAAUUGUAAAAAUAAAUAAGUUUUUGAACAGUAUUAAUUGUAAAACUAGGAAAUUUUUAUAUAAUUAAUUCCAUUAAUCAUAAAAAAUCUUAGAAUUUUGGAUGAAUCUAAUUUAGAAUAAUUAAAUAAUUUAAUCCUUAAUCGAAUAAAUUUAAUUCUUAAAAGAUUUAAAUCUAUUGUUCUUAAUCCUUUAUAAAUUUAUAAAUAGAAAUUGGUAAGCGAAAUCUUAAUGAACCUAUAUUAAUCAAAAAUAAAAGAUUAAUUUCAAGAUUAAUUAAAGAAUAUAGCUCAAACAAUAAGAGAAAGAAAUUUGAGUGAUAAAAUACUAUAAUAAUUUGCUAGUUAUUAUUUAAAAGAAAAAGAUAAAAUAUUGAAAAAAAAACGUCUUACUCAUAAUGAGAUAAUAAUGUCAUUUAAAAAAAAAUAAUUAAAUGAAGUAUUAUAAAAAACUGAUCUAAUAAAUUACGUUUCUAAUUUUUCUGAUAAAAUUUGUUAAGAAAUAUUUAAAGAAUUAUGUAAACUUCCUUGGGAUUAGAAAUUUAAAAAUGAUAUACUUAGUAAAUUUGAUGGAAGAUUAUUUGAAUCUUUAAUAUUCUAUAGGCGAUAUAAGGCCUAUGAUACUUUGAUUCAUGAAAUUUUAUAAAAGAAAAUAUGUAAUUAAGAUGAGGGAAUUUUUAAAUAAAAAAUUACUGAAAUUGAAAGCUAUUAAAUUUAAACUAUCCAGCUAUAGAAUGAUAAAAUGUAAUAAGAAGACAAAACAUAAUAAAAGGAAGAGAAUAAAUAAUUUUCUUUAUCUUAAAUGGCAGCAUAAUUUAGCUUCUAUGAAUAUUAUGAUACUCUUCAUAGGUUGAAUAUAAAAGUAAAAGAAAUUGAACCAUUCCCUUCUAUUAGAUUUAUGUUGGAGACAAAUAAUUAAUUAUAGAUUUUAGCUGUAGAAUAUGAGAAAAAGGAGUUAAAUUAUAUUAGUAAUUGUAUAAAAAUGAUGAGAUAUUUAAGAUUGAAUCAUUAUGAUACAUAAACUUUCUAUAAGAAUUUUGAAAGUGAACUCAUGUUUAGUUUCAUAGUUGAAGAUAUUUCAACAAUGGAAGUCUGGAGCUUAAACAUAAUUAAAUUAUACUUAAUUAUGAAUAGAAGACCAUAACCGUUUUGGUAAGACUCUAUUAUUAGGUCGAAAUAUGAAAGCAGAAAUUAUCAAUUUUUCAAUAAAAAAUAUAUCAUUCCAAGAUUAUUUGAACUUUCAUUAAUUAAAUUAAAAAUAAAUGGAGUUGAAAAAGGAGUGAAAUUUUGUUUUCCUUCAAAUUAUGAUUCUGAAAGUGAUUAAUAUUCAAUAUCAAUUGAGGAUAUAAAUUAGACAUAAACAAAAAAACCAAUUUUUUCACUUGAUGAAUAUAUUGAUUGUUUAGAUAAAAAUGAUCCUUUGAGAUUAGAAAAUUAAAUAUUGAAUGAUCCUAAUUUCUAAUCUAUUUUAAAUAAACUAUUAGUAAUUAAUUAGAACUAAGAAUUUCUAGUAGAUAAGAUAAACAUUUUUACAUAUUUAAAAUAUAUUGUUAGUCAUAAUUAAAUUCAUGAAAUGUAAUACUAUUUACUAAACUUUCCUUUAUUUUGGUAUGAUUAGAAAAUUCCAAAAGAAAACCUUAUUAUAAAUACUUUCUUUUUGAAUUUAGAAUUAGGAUUGGUCUUUUUUAAAUCAUUAUUAAUCUUUGAACCACAACUAUUGGAUUAGAUUUUAGAUAUAUAUUUUUCUUCUUUGAUGGAAUUUGCAAAAAAAGUAGAUUAGAAAGAUAACGAAUAUAAUAACGAGGAUAAUGAAAAAAAAGAAGAAAAUUAGUUUUAAUUUUAAGAUUAUAAAAGUUAAAGUGAUUUGGAACCUUAUGAGGAUGAAGAAACUGAUAAAGAAGAAGAAAAUUAAUAGGAAUUAUAAUAAGAUGAUAAUAUAGAAGAUAGUAAUUCUGAAGCAUAUGAUCAAUAGAUUUCUGAAUAAAAUGAAUUAAACCUAAAGAUUACAUUGAACCAUUGA